AUGACACCUACUCGUUUUACCGAUUUACCUAAUGAACUUGUGUUAAUCAUAUGGAUGCAUUUAACUCAUCCUGAAACAAUUCGAAGUUUUAGUUUGAUCAAAUCUCAACGAUACAAUCAACUAUUACAAAGUUAUUGUUACAAGACAAUUGAUUUCUACACGACAACACUUUCAACAUUUCAACUCUGUUGUACUCGAUUCUUAGAUCAAUUUCGCUUCAAUGUACAAAUUUUGAAACUGGGUCAUCGAGAUUCGUUUUCCCAGAUUCGCCUUUUCUCUCAUUAUUGUCUCAGUUCUUCAUCACUUCGUGAUAUAUUUCCUCGAGUGCACACAGUUGUGUUGCGCAAUGUUCACGAUUCAGAUGCCAAUGAUGUUUCGCCAUAUCUCUCAACAAUUCCAUAUCUCGAUCAAUUAACAUUGCAUAAAUGUCCAUUGGACAAAAUAUCUCUUCUCCUUUGUGAACAUAUCUUUAGCAACUCAGCGCAACAUCGAUUGAAGAGCUGUACAAUGAGUCACUGUGAUACCAAAGAUGGUUUAUUUCUUAGUGAACCUCUUCUGUCAUCAUAUCAACCUCAUCAUUUUCUCACAUAUCUUAAAAUUCACGUUCGAAACUUGGCUACACUGAAAUAUUUGUUGAUGUUUCUUCCGAACUUAACGACACUUGGUGAGGUUCUCAAAUAUGCUACAGUAACUCUAGAAAUGUGUUGUUUUCACUGA